CCCAGCAGAGCUGCAACGUGUCUGGCGAGUGGCUUCUCCUCCUUCCAUCGGAGGGUUUGCCUUUGCCUCCAGAGGAGGAGAGACACAGACAGGGAGAGAUCGGGAUCCGAGAGCUGUUCCAUCCCUGUAGGGAUCCAGCAAGGCAGCCAAGAGGAGCAAGGACCAAGCCUCUGCCUCUCUCACAUCUUCCACCCCCCACACCUUUAUAUUUUUGGGGAAAUUUGGGGGUUGCUGCUUGGCAUCCAUCGGCAUGAUGAAGGGCUGCCAAAACGACUGUGCAGCUGGGUGUAUGGGGGCAGCCGCAAAACAUGUGACAGAGUCUUUCAAGGCUGCUGAUCUGAUAAUCAAUCCAUCUACCACUUUGAAAGAAAAACCAGACCCAAACGGCUUGGUAUUUGGAACUGUUUUCACAGACAAUAUGUUAUUCAUAGAAUGGUCAUUGACAUCAGGAUGGGAGGCACCUCAUAUCAAGCCACUGGAGAAUCUCUCUCUACAUCCUGCUGUAUCAGCUUUUCACUAUGCUGUGGAACCAAGAGGACUGACAGAGGCGAAACUGCUCCAAAUGCUCUGGCUCAAUGAAUACACACUGUUUGAAGGCAUGAAGGCAUACCGAGGAGUGGAUGGUAAAAUUCGCCUCUUCCGACCAAGACUCAACAUGGACAGGAUGUUGCGGUCAGCUGUGCGAGCCACUUUGCCAGGAUUUGACAAAGAAGAGCUUUUGGAGUGUAUCCGGAAACUGGUGGAAGUUGAAAAGGAGUGGGUGCCGUAUUCGACCUCUGCUAGCUUGUAUAUUCGCCCUACUUUAAUUGGGACAGAGCCCUCCCUUGGAGUCAAGAAGCCAUCAAAGGCCCUUCUCUAUGUCAUACUGAGUCCUGUCGGUCCAUACUUCUCGAGUGGAACUUUUAAUCCCAUAUCCUUGUGGGCAGAUCCAAAAUAUGUCCGAGCCUGGAAAGGAGGGACGGGAGACUGCAAACUUGGAGGGAACUAUGGGUCUUCUAUUUAUGCCCAGCGUGAAGCUAUGGAAUUAGGGUGCCAGCAGGUUCUCUGGCUUUAUGGAGACGAGCAUCAAAUUACAGAAGUUGGGACCAUGAAUCUCUUUCUGUAUUGGCGAAAUGAAGAUGGAGAAGAGGAACUGGCAACUCCACCAUUAGAUGGCAUCAUUCUCCCUGGAGUGACAAGGCAAAGCAUUUUGGACCUAGCACGCAAGUGGGAAGAAUUUAAAGUGUCAGAGCGAUACAUUACCAUGAGUGAUCUGAAAGCUGCUUUGAAAGACAACAGAGUGAAGGAGAUGUUUGGGGCUGGAACAGCUUGUGUUGUGUGUCCCAUUUCCACAAUAUUGUACCUAGGCGAGAAUUUGCACAUUCCAACCAUGGAGAAUGGACCUCAAAUAGCCACCCGCUUCUUGAACCAGCUGAGUGAUAUCCAAUAUGGAAGAGAAGACAGUGAGUGGACAGUUGUGGUAUCAUGAGCAUAAAUGGCAGUGAAGAUUCAGACCUUCUGGCAAUACAACCAGGCAGGCUGAAGUUCCACCUGAACGAUGACCAGUUUUACUGUAGCUUUGCAUAGAGUAGUUCUGUGUUUUAUCACUUUGUUCCUAGGCUGGGAUGGGGGUGAUCAUUUCCACAUGCCAGGGAGUGUGAACACAAUCAUUUUGAUUUUCUACUGUGAUAUUGCUCUAGAAUAGAAACCUGUCUUCUGGUAUAGGUGCUAGAUGUAAGCAAUAGACACUUUUCUAGUGGAUUCCUUGGUGCCCCUUGUGUCUUUGGUACAAUUGACAGGUGUCUUGAAAAGUUCUUCAACUGCUCUUCAGUGCAAAUGAAAUACUCUCAACUUUUAACUGUAGAUCAAACUGUUACAUACAGUUCAGUUGCCAAAUGUCUCAGAGAAGCCUUUGCACUCUCUGAAGCCAGAAUCCUCUAGUAUACAAGUAUAAUCCCUACUAUUGCUAGCACAACUACUUUUUCUGCCAAUUUGUAAGUAAGUAUCCAGUACCUACUAACAACAGUUUUCCCAGACUACAUGAGAUGCUGCAAGUGCAGCUCUACUCCCAGUCCAGAUAGCCAAAGUGCUGUUCUGGGGAAACUCCCUUGUGCUGCUGUCCAGCCAGCCAACUUCACCCUCCUUCUUGGCUGGCUUCCUUUUGCUCCUAGACCUCUGUGUAUGUGUAUACUGGCAUAACUGCCCCGGCUUCAGUAGUAGCUUGGAUUGGGCCUUCUCUUUGUUUCUAAGGGUGGAAGGUUAAAAAAAGUUAUUUAUUUUAGGAUUAUUUUUUGUGCCAUCUCUUUAUCUUUUGGAUGGAUGGGACAUUUCUUUUAGGUUCCUAACGCUCUGAAGGAAUCUCCUUUUUAACAUUUCCAACAUAUGCCUUUCAACAAACCUCAUAACUGUGUAUCUUUUUAAACAAUAAGCAUUGAGCUGGGUUUUGCUCACGGUACCUGGGGAUGGUAUGCCAUGAGUAAAUUCAGAUCACAGUUUAUUUCUCAUUGCUAAAUUACUUCUGCUAUCACCAUACUAUGAGGUAUUGAUGGAACCUUUUGAACUUUAAGUGAUCCAAAUCUUGGUAACUUCUAUACUGCGCUGAUUGCAUAGUCUCCACCCCCCAAAGAGGUAUUGGUUGUAGUCUCAUAUAAAGUUUGGAAAGUUGGAUUGUUGGGUUUUUUUUGGGGGGGGGGGUGGGUUUUUUUUGCCAUGUAGGCCAGGAGAUUCUGGGAGUUAUAGUCUAAAAAAGGAACUUUUCUGAGCUCUGGACUCAUCGUCCCUUGUACAUCACAGUCUAAUUCUGUUUGCUAUCCAUAACACUACAAAAAUCAAACAAUUCAGAAGAGCAAAGUUGGUCACUUGAAUAGAGCCUUAAUCUAGUGGGAGAACUGAUCAAGUGCAAUCUGAAGCAUUUUGAGAUGUUGGAAAGCAUCUAAACCAGAAGUGGAGAGAUGCUUGCAGCAUCUAUUUUAUUAUUGUUUUUACUAGACCCCCAGUGCCCACUAACCAGAGCCAAUUGCAAAAUAGUGACUGUGGGCAGCAAAAUAGUAGUUCAUUUAGUCAGUGUCAAUUGCUUUCUUUAUUCCAUGAGCCUUGCAAUCUACAUAUAUAUCUCGUAUGUAUGCUAGUACAAACUUGUAUUUACACGAGAGAUUCAUUGCUGCCAUUAUUGUUAUCAUUUUCUUGUUGGCAUUGAUAAGUAUUAAGAGCCAGACAAAUUUGUCCAUCUGUGUCAAAAGGAUCCAGCAAUCUACUGUAGAUCUUGAACUAUCUUCUGUCCACCCUUAUCUAUUCCACGUAGUGCACAGGUUAAACAUUUAAUAGGCCUUUUAGUAAUGUAUUAAACAUAAAAACUUGGAUAGGAUUUUAUUUACUCCCUUUUCUUGCACUCUCUUUUCUUCUUUCUUAUUGCCUCUCACUUUUUCCCUGAAGUCUCCAUGGCUCUGCAAUUAAUAGCUUUGGUUGUUUGUUCCCUUUCAACCCACAUGAAUUUUAUCAUCUACUAAAUGAAAUUAUCAUCUCAUAACACAUCUUUUUCUGAGCUAGCUUUAAGACAUCUCUUGCCAAAGAGGUUACUUACUACGUUGUUCAGUGCUCUCACAUUUCCAGCGGCGAGAUAUUUAUUAAAUAAACAUUAUUCUAGCUUCAUGGGGGCAGCCCUUGAAUUAUGCUGGUAAGGAAACCAAUUAAACAAUGCAGAGAAUGGGUUCUCUGUUUUGCUGUUGCACUAAGGCAGUACUUUUCAAACUAACAUUUUUUCCUCCUCAUAUAAGCGGGUAGGGUGAAAUAUUGGGAAACUUUAACUCUGCUACUUUUUUUAACAGAGCCUACCUCUACCUGGUGAUUUGAUAUAUAUCUAGAAAUAUUUUCAGUAUUUCUCAGUCUUUCCUCACUCCCAAUGUAAUUUCAUCAUGGUCUGGCGGACCCCUAAGAUAGAGAAAACACAUGACAUGAUAGUUCGCAAACUGUAUUCCUGUCGGUGGUGGAAAAGAAAGCAUGUAAACAGUCACAUGAACAAGAACAUCAAGCAUCUCAGGGAGUGGUACAAUAGCACAGUCUUCUUGCUGACACACUAGUUUUACAUGUACAAGAGGAGCGCCAGCUGUACCGUUUAGACCAGGAGUGGCUCAAGGGUAACUAUUUAACUGCUUGUUGAUGUUUUGUUGUUGUUGCUUUAAAUAAUGCACAACAGAGAUAUAAAAUGCUAGUUGCACUGACCUGGCAGUGUUUUUACUGCCAGGAAUGGAAAAGGUGCUUGUGUAAUGUUCUGCCUCAUAUGCCCAAAUAACUUGGCUAGAUUUAGGUACUACACAUCUUGACUUUGGUGAGUGUGGUGUGCCUCAGGCUGCAAAAUAUCUUGAGCUGGCCCUGUUCAAGAGCUUUCUGAUGUCCACAGAGACUGAGUCAACCCCCUCUCUGCAUCCUGAAAAAUAAUGCUCCCAGUACCAAAUACCAAAUAUUUCUAGGACUAUUUUAUUCACCUUAUAAAUAUGCCCAUUAGGUGAUAUUGUUCAACCAGUAGUUAUGAACCCUAGAUACAAAUGACAGCUAUUCCUAUGAUUGUAAUGAGACUCCAUCCCACUCCACCUCCACUGGCAUCUCACUUGCAAAAAAAACUUGCCAAGUGAUAACCCCAGUUCACACACUAACUUUCAUUUGCACAAGUGGAAACCCAAAGAGCCAAAGGGUUGCUCACAUGGAAAACACAGUAUGUUGACCUAAAUUUAUUCUAGUUGCUGACCCCAACUAGAGUAAACUCACUGAAGCAAUGAAAUUUAUAUACAAUAUGUCUUGAUGUGCAUCAUUUGGCAAUUGAUUCAGUGAGUUUACUUUAGUUGGGAUUGGAUUAUACAGCUAUGCUUUAGGUUGGUGAUCAAUAGACUCCAGGACCAAUUUCUAUUUCAUAAACCUAUAUAUCACUAUAUUGAAGCCCACCUGAAGUGGAUGAUGCUAAACCGUGUUCUCUUAUAUUCGUGCUAAGUCAAAACCAUUGUGCUUUGAGGUAGGAGUAGCACUGUCUAUUUCUUCUUUCCUCUUGUGUGUAUGUUGUGCUCCAAUUCACUUUUAUUCCAAGUAUUGUUAGCCAGUGGUAUGUCUAGAACUCUCAGCUUCCUGCUUAUUAGACUAAUGGCCACAUUAUUUAGUAGACUGCACCACAAUUUUGAAGUUGGGUAGAGGCAUUACAUGAACAAGGCCACUAUCAUAACUGAAGAGUGCCUUUUUUUUUACCAGGGAGAGUGUAUCCACAUUAAGGAUUUUGACUCACUAAGAUCAAAAUAUAGCUGGCAAAGAUGGCACCUGAGAAUCUUCUUUGCAACUAUUUCAUUACAAAAACACAGGAAAAUAGAGGUUGGAAAGUUGCCUUUUAGAAGUAAUUCAUUGUGUAAGAACCUUCCCCAACAAUUUAGUGAUGUUACAAGCUUGUUACAUAUUUUAUUAACUUUAUUUGGUACUUUUUCAUUUCUCAUUUGAGGGGGAAAACUUUUGGAAUGAUAAGAGAGCAACAUAAAACUUGAAAGAAAUAGUCUUUCAUUAUAACUUUAAAGUUAUAAUUCCUACUCAUUAUGUUGCUUUUGAAAUGUGAUUUGGUUGUACCCUUUUCACCUAAAUAAAUAAAUAAAUAAAUACAGAAUUAGUUACAGGUGAUUAUAUUACAUGCAAACUUCUUACAUUCAGGCUGUUCAAGAGGGGGAAGUAUUUGUAGGGACAAGCAAAGGGGUGUUCCACCACUACUUUCCCCUUUCAACUGUUUUCCUCUUAGCUUCUUUUCUGAGGAAUCUAGUUAGGAUUCCUAUAAACACUGCCAUCUCAAAUGACAACAGGGAAUAAUUUAGCAGCUCUCCCACUAUUUGUUUCUUUACUAUACCCCUCUCCUCUCUUGUUUUGCAGGGAGAAAUUAUGAUUUGGACUCACAGCCUUGCAUGUACCAGUGAAAAUGUUGUUCUAGUGCCAGAUGUAGUCUCUUGAGCAUAUAUAAAAUGCUCUACUUGUGACAGAGCUGGAUAUAUUUAUUUGGUGGUAUACUAGAGGUUCAUACCGCUAGUUUAUUCCUACUGAAAAUUAUCCCAACAGAUAAGUUCUUUGUUGGUUAGUAUGAUGAGUACCUCCUUCUUCCCAGUUUUGCUUUCAGGACAUCAUGAUUUGGAACUGAGCAUAAAAGACGUACCCAAAUCCCUAGUUUACUCCUUUCUCUUCUUAAAAGUAUUUUUGGGGGGAGGAUCUCCUAUCUCUCCUCAAAGUAUUUACCAUUUUAAAAAUUGUUCUUGAAGAGGUAUCAGUGGACAGUAUACUGGUACUGGCUUCCCAGCAGACAGAGAAACAUACUAUGUCUAUGUUCAUGAGAUAGCCAAGUUAAACAGUAUGUAGUGAAAUGAGAGUCUUGUCUGCACAGACAGGAUAACCCAGGCUGGCCUCGGAGCUGCCCAUUUCUGUCAUGCCAGUUACCUGUCAUUGCUGUUGCAGCAUUAGGAGGCUGCCAUGAAUCAUGUUUUUUUGUGGGCAGAAGGAGGCACCCAGCUUCAGUCACAUGGCUGGGUGCUUGCUCUGAUGUCAGAGGACACAACCUGGCCAUCAGUGGCUGCAGGGGGAUGCAGUGGGGCAUGUAGGGGAAUAGCUGGCCAUCACUGCCAUGCCCCAUUCCAGGGUUUCCUGGAGAACCUGGAGCAAAAGGUGAAUUUAUUUAAAUAGUUUAAAGGCUAUAAAAGGCUAGGUUCAAUAUGGGUCCUCCUUCAAGGUGUGUAGACAACCUGUACCAGAACCAGGGGUUUGGUCAUGCAUUGUCUGAACAGGACACUGUCUGGAAGCAGAGGGAGUGGGUCUUUUGGCCCAUGCAGACAAAGUCUAAGACUCUCGUGGCCAAAGCACAGAGACUUUUUCAUGUGUAAGGAUUAUGAUCUCAUAUGUCACCCUUCCCAGCUUCCAUUUUCUCUGAGCUUGGCUAGAAUCUUCACAGGUGGGAAGGAAAUGAAUUUUCCCAACAAAAGUGUAUCCCUUGCUCUAUCGGAAUGUAUUUUGGAGUGUCUUGAACAGGGGAACUGAGACCUGUUAGCUUUGCAAAAGACCUGCUCUUGGCAUAUAUGACAGCUGUUAGAAUUGGUUUGUAGAUAUUGAUGACUACAACUGUCUACAUUUUUAAACUCCCCUCGGGGUGGGAGCAAGGGAUUUGGUAUAUAAAAGCAUUGUCAUGUGCAAAAAUUUAACUGAUGUCUUGUUAGGAAAAAGAAAUGUGUGAACUUUUGAAUGGAAUGAUAAAGGUAAGCUCUUAUUCUGUGAAGCAAUGUUUUGGCCACACUAGUAAGAAGUAGUGCUCAAAAAUUUGCAGAUUCACAGAAGUGUAUAUAUAUCACAAAAACCACUCUGUAGACCUUCAUGAUGCUGAUGCUGAUGUUCACUCACUGUAGUUGUUUGUGUAACCUUGUGUACCCUGAGAACAACUGAAGGAAUACUGUCAAAUGGUGGUUGUAUAUACAUUGCAAUCUAAUAGGGCAAAGUAACUGACAUUGUAGAUGAGAAUGCUUUUAUCAAGGUGUAUUCUUGAGUUAUAUCUGGUUGCAUUCUGUCUACAGAUACUGGGAAGUUUGGAGUAUCAAGUUUAAAGAAAUACUGGACUAGAGAAAACUACCAAGAAGGUGAUUCUUGGUAUUACUAAGCCAAAGCCGCAUCCAGUGCACUUCUGUUAUAACAGACACUUGGCAAGUUACUUGCUGAGAAUUCACUGAAAAAGUUAGAACCAGAACUUAGAAAUGUUAGUUAUUUGGACCAUGACUUUUUCAGCCAGUAUGGAUUCUGAAAACUGUGGUCCAAAAAAGCUUUGAUUGGAAUAUAAAGCUGCAUUUCAGGGUACACAGAGGAAGGAGGACGAAGGAGCCUCUGCUGUUACUUCUUCUGUUAUGCCACAUUUUUUUCUACAGUCUCCAAUGAAGACAACAGCAUUUUUGAAACAGAUACAGAUCUGUACUAAAAUUCAAGAACAGACAUGACUGAACAGCUGUGGAAGCUAAAUGGCUCAAUCUUGGAAUCUGUUAGGAUCUAGUUGGUUUCUUAUUACUCUGAUCAUCCAGCUGAUCAUUUCUUGUUAUUGAUACUGUAGUCCAGAAAAGUAGAUUGCUAAGCUACUCAUUAUUAAUGCUACUAUUGUGCCACUGAAAAAUACAAGAAAUAUAGGAAGAUGCUCUGUGGUCUACCAAUGUAGCCAAAUCAGAUGUUUAGCUCUGGAAAUUCUGAGCAAAAUGCAAUUUUUUAAAAUAUAAAACAGUGCACUUUCUUCCCACCCAGUUGCCUUGAACUACAACCCACUCGCACAAUCCAAUUGGAGGUGAGAUUUCCACUUUUUCCUAAAAUAAGCAGUUGUUGCUGCAUUUUCAGAGAUUCUGUGAUUUCAAGCAGCUUGCUAUUUUAAGCAUCCAGCCUAGCAAGGCAGACCAUCUCUUCCCUGCUCUCUCUCACUUGGGCAGAAUAAUAGAUAGCUAAAUAAAUAGGAUCGCUAGCAUGUUGUAGUGGUUUGAGUGUUGGGACUAUAAUUCAGGAGACCAGGGUUCAAUUCACCACUCAGCCAUGAAGCCCACUGAGUGACCUUGGGCAGGUCACACUCAGCAUCAGAGGGAGACAAUGGCAAACCUCCUCUGAACAAAUCUUGCUAAGAAAACCCCUUAGGAUCGCCACAAGUUGGAAACGUCUUGAAGGCAUACAACACACACAGAGAGAUACACUAAGCUAUUUUAAGUCCCAGCUAACCAAAGUCCCUAGUGUACCUUAUGUUUUCUAAGUGUCUUCUCUCUCACACACCCCAAACAUCACCUCCAUACUUCUCUCUAGCUCUGCUGGUACAUCUCUGCUCCUCCCCCCAUAAAGAAACAGCACAAGGCAGCCAUUCAUUGACCCUUUUUCCUUUCCCUCUCAUUGCUCAGACUGAGUCAAAGCACACCCAGUAAAGUGAGACUGAAACCCUUCUUACAUUCCACUAAAGAGUAGUGAAUUACAGCCUUGACUGACACAGGGAAAUAAGUUCCAUUGUUGCAGAUCAUUACUACAUCAAAGUAAUUAAUUGAAAAAUCAUUUACUUUCUAUUUCUGGGCUCAGGGCACUGCUCUUUGUGAGCAACAUCUAAAUCUAAAGAUCCAUGAUAAGGUGGUGUUGAAACUAUAUUGGGAGAGGCAGGAAGUGCCCAUGGAGACUUUGUGGUUUGCAUAGAGUCUUUUCAAGAGAAGUACACUGGAGCAGACUUUGAUCUAAUCUGCACUGCAGAAAUAAUGCAGUUUGACACCACUUUAGCUGACAUGGCUCUAUGUUGUGGCAUUCUGGGAUUUGCUGUUUUGUGAAAUAUUUAGCCUCUGAGAGGUCUGGUGGCACAGCAAACUACAAAUCCCAGAAUUCCAUGGCACUGAGCCAUGGCAGUUAAAAUGGUCAAACUACAUUAUUUCUGCAGUGCACAUUAGACAUAUGUCGGUCAAAAGAAACAGCUGUUAUAUACUGGAAACUUACCUUGCUCAGUAUAAGCCAUAUCUUUAAUAGUAAGCAUACAAGAAAACACAAACGGCAAUUUCUCUAUUUUCUCGGAUAUAACUGGCACCUUGGCUGCCAUCUGCACCCGCUAGAUCUAAGCAUGCACUCAGAGUUGUAGCUCUUGGGGGGGGGGGGGCAAAAUGAGGGCAUUGCCCUCCAUGGCAUUUUCUUUCACUCCCCCCACUGCAUUGACUCAAAACUUUUAGUAUAGCAGUAACUUAAAAUAUUCACCAAGCAUUUAGAAAUACAGUUAAGCAUCCAAAGAAAAGGAGCAAGCAAAGUUACCAAAGGAAUGCAAACACUGGAAAUGUAAGAGUUCUAGCUGUGAAGAAUUUUCAGUGUCAUAUUCCACAAUGCUAGAAAUGUGUGGACGGAAAGAAAAGGUCCAGAAGAGUUGUGUGUAUUUAUAUGAUACUUACCUCUUUGCUGUGUGGCCACUGAGUUUAACUGGAGUGCACUGUUGUGUCUUUGCAAUGUAGCAGAGGAGUGUUUUGUACCCUGGGACUGUCUUAUGUAAAAAAUAAUACACAUGUAUGAGAUUGGGAGGGGGGUUGUUUGUUUUUUCAGAUUGUAGUUGCAAAAGGCUCUGAUUUUUAAAUGUUCUUUUUCUUAAAUGUAAAAGAGGGUAAUGGAUCACACUCAAACCAGCAGAGUAUUUUGAUAUUGCGUGACAAUCUUACGGAAAAAAAUAAAUAAAAAUUAUACCUUCG